CACCCACACACACCCACACACUGAGAGCUCAGUCUGAGCACUGUUUCACUACCAGGCUGGAUUCAUUCACAGCAUGAGGACUGGCACCUCCAUUCCCGGUUUUAUCUUCAUGAUAACAUUUGUAACUGUAUCGUGCUUUAAUAUCGACACAGCCGAAAUACUGAGCUUCAAAAAGAAUGGGAAAUCUCAUUUUGGCCUAAAGGUGAAACAGUUUAGGAUUGGACCAGAAGUGGGAGUUUAUGUGACCUCACCUCUAGAAGAGUUUGGAAGCAGAAAAGCUGAAGGAGUUUUUAAAUGCCUUAUCGAUUCAAAUAACAAGAUUAAAUGCACACAAGUUGAUCUAGAUCCAGGAGAGAGCCAGCUGCCAGGAACUGCCUACCCAAUUGUAACCCUUGCUCAAAAUGGGGACACUAUGGUGGCCUGCCAGCAACGAAAGGGACGCCAAUACAGAAGCAUGACAGAAGAAUUAAAUGGUGUGUGUUUUCUGCUCGAGAAAGGCCAACACAAACACACAUUCAUCAAUAUUACAAAAAAUGCACAAAAGUCUUUGGCGGAGAUUAAUAAAAACAACAACAAUAAUAAUGUUGAAAGAUUUGGGGCCUUAACAAGUGAUCUCAUCUAUGCAAGACCCCCAAAAGGUGCCCUGGAAAAUAUAAACAAUAACAACAAUUUGCAAGAUGACGGAGACACAGGCACUGAGAUUGCAAUAGUUCUAGAUGGAUCUGGGAGCAUAUCAGAAGAAGAUUUCCAAAAGGCAAAGGAUUUUAUUUCUAACAUGAUUGGAAUGUUCUGGGAGAAGUGUUUGCAGUGUGAGUUUGCUGUUGUGCAGUAUGGGGCUAUCAUCCAAACAGAGUUUGACCUACUGGAGAGUCGUAAGGGAAGGUUCAUUUUACAAAAGGUUCAAGAUAUAAAGCAAGUGGGAAACGUAACCAAAACAGCCUCAGCCCUGGACCAUGUCCUAGAGUCAGUUUUCACUGAAGAACACGGAUCCUCUGAGACAGCCACCAAGAUAAUACUGGUACUGACAGAUGGAGAUAUAUUCAUGGAUCCUAUGGAUAUAAAUGAUGUUAUGAAUAAUUCAAAAAUGAAAAAAAUUGAACGCUUUGUGAUUGGGGUUGGAGAGGCAUUUCAGAAAGAAAAGGCUUUAAAAACACUGAAAACUAUAGCCUCCCAGGGGGAAGAACACCUCUUAACAGUUGAUGAUUAUUCCAAACUGGAGGGGCUUCUUACAUCUUUACAGCAGAAAAUUAUUGGGAUAGAAGGAACCAAAGGUGAUGCCUUCGAAUUGGAACUAGCCGAGGCUGGAUUUGCAGUUCAUUUGAAGAACAACGAAUCUAUGAUCCUCGGUACAGCUGGUGCCUUUGAUUGGUCUGGUGGAUUGAUGCUUUAUCAGAUGAACACACAGCCCCACAAGAUCACAUUCCUUAAUGAGACCAAGGAAAAAACAGCAGAAGCAAGCUACAGUUACCUGGGAUACAGCGUUACAGCAGCACAAAGGCAACACACAUCCCUCUAUAUCGCUGGUGCUCCUCGUCAUUCAAAUGUUGGGAAAGUCUUAAUCUUUGAAGAGGAUAUCAGAACCUAUCGACUUGCUCAAGAGCUUACAGGAGAACAGAUUGGAUCCUACUUUGGUUCUGAGCUGUGCUCUGUGGACAUAGACAUGGACAGUAACACUGAUUUGCUUAUGGUGGGAGCACCUUUUUACCAUAUCAAAGGAGAAGAAGGACGAGUCUAUGUUUAUAGACUUAACGACGAGGGUCAUCACAAGUUUUUUGAAACACUAGAGCAACCACAAUAUCCGUUUGCAAGGUUUGGCUAUUCCAUAGCUAAUGUUGGUGAUAUCAAUAAAGAUGGAUACCGAGACAUUGCCAUUGGGGCUCCUCUUGAAGGUCACUUGGAAAACCCAGAAUCUUUUGGAAGUGUUUACAUUUACAAUGGUGAAAGCAACAGUAUCCGUACCACCCCUUCCCAGAGGAUAAGGGCAAGCACUAUAAAGAAAGCACCUCAUUACUGUCCAUACUUUGGCCUGUCCGUUGAUGGAGGACUGGAUCUCACCAACGAUGGAUAUCCCGAUGUAGCCGUGGGGUCCCUUGGGAAUCUCAUCAUUUUAAGAUCUCGUCCAGUUAUUAAAUUGCAGGCCAGUGUGGAUUUGACACCUAAAGUGAUUCCUGUUAUUAAUGGCAAUACAAGCCUAACUGCAAGACUGUGCUUUACCAUAACACCAUUUAAACCACAAGAAUUUUUAAAAUCCCAUCUUCAUUAUGCUGUGGACCUCGAUGUUGAAAUGAAACAGAAACGUAUUGAGUUUAGGAAAGGUGACUCUGGAAAUGGGAAACUCUUUCUCGUAAAUGUCAAGUGUUCAGACCUCGUGUUAACUGUGCUGCCAUGUACCGAUUGCUUUACCAGUAUUAAAAUUAAGGUUUCCUAUACCUUGGUUUCUGAUUUAAACAGGGACCUUCCAGCACCAAUACUGGACGUGUAUGACAAUGCCCACAAUCACACAUAUUUUGAGAUACCCUAUGAAAAGGACUGCAAUAAUAAGCCUGUCUGCGUUCCUGAAUUGCACCUGACAACAAGGCUUUCUGGGAAUGAGCUGAUCGUGGGCUACACCAGAGAUCUGAUCAUGAAUAUCUCCCUUGUGAAUUCAGGAGAUGGUUCAUACCUGACAACAAUGAUGGUGAUAUAUCCCAAAAGCCUUCAAUUCAAAUUGGUAAAAACGCCGGCGUUUCCUGUCGUCAAGUGCUCUCCUCCUGAAAUGCUUCCCACAUUCAGUUCAGUGAUGAGCUGCAGUAUAGGAUAUCCUGUGUUCAGCAAGUCUUCUGCAGAGUUUUCUAUUAUCUUGCAACUGGAAGAAGUCAGGUUUCCUACAGAAAAGGCAGUCAUUUCUCUGAAUGUUAGCAACAUUAAUGAUGGCUCCCAACCUUUGACUAAGCCAAUUGAGCUUUCAGUAAAGCAUUCCUUCACUGCCAUCCUCACUGGGCCCAAAACAGAAAUUUUUGUGAAUGUCAGUGAAGAGUCAGCUCAUAGUGUGGACAUUCAAUAUACCUUUCAUGUUAAUGGAGAGAAUCAGUUUCAAGUGCCACUGAUUUUGGACGUGCAGAUGCCAGUUAAAAUAAAAGGUUUCAAUAUUGGGACAGUUAAAGCCAUCCAGAAGACCAAGAACCCAACGCAGUGUAAAAAUGAAACCAAGCCCUGCAGAUCAGACCUUCAAAUUGCAACUGCAAAGCAGAGCCUUGGGUCUUGCACUUGCGUCAAUAUCAAGUGCAAUAUGACUGAUGAUCGAGAAGAUAUAACUGUCACAGCCGAGAUGUCCUUGCUGGAAUUAAAUAAGCUUAUAGGAGACACCCAGGAGCUGAUUGUAACUGGGGAAAUUCUGUAUAACAGUUCAUUAUAUCAGAAUCUAAAGCACGGAGACCACAAGGCUCAGAUUACCAUCACACUUCUGAAACAUGAGAUCAUUUACACAUUGCCAGUCAUCAUUGGGAGCACCAUAGGUGGAAUUCUGCUUCUUCUAAUAAUUGUUGUGAUUCUUGUCAAGUGUGGGUUCUUUAACAGAAAGUACAAAACGGCAGAGCUGGAGGAAUAACUUCAGAGAAGACCAGAUUUAGUGCUGAAACAAAACGCACAGAGAUCAAUGAGCCCAGACUGCAAAUGAUGCUUUUACUGAAAUGAGUGCAGCAACCUCAGCUAUAGAAAUGGCAGAUAAGCAAAGGGGAGAAACGCCUUGACUACUGGCUUGGGACUGACGUCAUGAACCUGGGGUGGGCACUCAUUAACCUGUUAAAUGGAAAAUUGCCAUUGAAGACAUGAGAUUGCACACGUGUUCUACUUCUGUAAACAACCAGCAAAAUAUACUUUUUUUGUACAAAAGAACUUUUCUCUAUUCAUGUGUAGUUACUAUAUUGUGUAGGAAUUUCUGUAUUUAAUCAUAUUUGUCAAUAGAAAAUAAAAUUCUGUCUGUAUAUUAAAAUGGA